GUUUAAUCAAAUUUUGUUUUCUCACAGACAGGGAGCAUCUAUAUCAGUUCUCAGGCUCACACAGACAGCAUUCCAAUACUCACCACAACUGAAAAAUGGAAGAUAAUAACUAUGCAUUUUACGUACAUACAACCGAGGAAAUAUGUUCUGGAUAUCUUUACAAAUCUCCCCCAGAGAAUCAAUUCAAGUCCCAGAAAUCAUGGAAAAAGAGGUUUUUUGUUCUUCUAAAGUACAGAGACAACACAUGCCAACUUAAGUACUACAAAAACGAAGAGAAGGACAAACCACUGGGAGACAUUGACUUGACUAAGGUCACAUACGUGUCCUUGUCCCCCGAGAGCCAUCCUAUGUGCAAAUGGAUUGAAAAAAAUUUCAGAUGUUUUGCGUCAUGUGUGAUGUUUAUUAAAGUUACAGAAAGAGACUAUUUCCUUAUAGGAGAAAACAGUGGGGAGAUGGACAAAUGGUUCACUGCUUUAUUUGACAUCUUAAAUAAUCAUCAACACACUCUGUACCCUGAUCUCAAGAAAACUGAGUGGGGUAUACCAAAAUAUGAUACACAUGGGCUGCCAUCAUCUGUGACCCAUGACCCCAUCUAUGUUACUCAGAUAAAACUGAAGAGUAAGCUGGAGCACUAA